UCAUAGAUAUAACCAUUUCCAAAUCUCUCCGAUCAAUUUCCGACCAGAGCUCAACCGGAAGGCCGGUGAAACACAGCGCAUACGUGCAAUGCAGUACCAAGCCGAGCCGUGGCGGGGGUCUUACAACAUGCCUGCGGCGAUGAGGGGAGGCGCAACGGCGCCGGGGGACCCGGCGAUGGAGAGGAUAGGACGGAUGGCGGCGGAGAACGCGGUGGUGAUAUUCAGCGUGAGCACAUGCUGCAUGUGCCACGCCGUGAAGCGGUUGUUCUCCGGCAUGGGGGUGAGCCCCACCGUGCACGAGCUGGACCGUCUCCCCUGGGGCCCGGACAUCGAGAGGGCCCUCGCCGGGCUCAUGGGCACGUCCCAGGCGGUACCUGCCGUCUUUGUCGGCGGCAAGCUCGUCGGCACCAUGGACAGAGUCAUGGCUUCUCACAUCAACGGCACUCUGGUUCCCCUUCUCAAGGAUGCAGGGGCUCUCUGGCUCUGAAACAGAGCAAAACAGAGCAGAAGAAGAAGAAGAAGAAGAAGAAGGUGAUUAAUGAUUAAUUACAGAUAUAGGGAAUUAAUAGACAGAGAGAGGAGCAUGGAUGCCCUCCAUUUUGGAAACAUCAAUGACUAAUUAAUCAACUAAAUGUUUUUUUCUUUUAAUUCUCUCGGGUUCAGGUAUUUUCUUCAA